AUGAUAGGAGAUCUUAAUGAAAUAACAUGUCAUGAUGAGAAAGCAGGAGGAAGACAACGUCCUGCUAGUUCUUUUCUUCCUUUUAAGCAGAUGCUUAAUGAUUGUGGUAUGCUAGAAUUUCCUUUCACAGGUGAUAUGCUUUCUUGGGUGGGGAAGAGGGCAGGAGGAUCAACAGUCCGAUGUCCUUUAGACAGAGCUAUAGGAAAUACAGACUGGCAUGAGAAGUUUCCCCACUCGGCAGUAAAGUACAUGAGGCUAUGGGGAUCGGAUCAUCGUCCGAUUCUUGCAGAUAUACUCAUAAAGCCAACGAGAAGAUCCAAAAAGUUUAAGUUUGACAAAAGAUGGUUGGAUAAUGAAGAGCUACGGCAAGUUAUCCUUGAGGGAUGGAAAUCUCCUGAUCUUCCUCCCAAUGCGUCUAUCAUGGAACAUAUCUCCAGCUGCAGGAGAGCCUUGAGUGAAUGGCGAAGGAAAAAUAAUGUCAAUUCGGCAAAACUAGUGGAGGAGCUUAAAGAAAAGGUAGAAGGAUUGUAUGCAGAUGAUAAUGCCACAACUGAAGAAAUUGCAGCAGCCCUAAAAGAACUCUCAGAUGCCCUUAAAGCAGAAGAGAUGUUCUGGAAGCAGAAGAGUCGGGUGUUUUGGUUGAGAGAAGGAGAUAGAAAUACAAAAUUUUUCCAUGCCUUGACGAAGCAAAGAAGAGCAAGGAAUAAGAUCACACAGCUCCUAGAUGAGAAUGGAAAUAUUGUUGAGGAUGAAGAAGGACUAGUAGCCAUUGCUACUAGUUAUUUUAGGCAAAUUUUUGAAUCGUCGAAUCCAGAGGAAAUUGAGGAGGCAUUAGCUCAAGUUCCAACAACGAUUACUGGUGAUAUGAAUGCCAACCUUACAGCCCCGGUCUCUGCAUGGGAAGUCAAAUUAGCGCUUUUUGCCAUGCAUCCAGAGAAGGCCCCAGGACCAGAUGGGAUGACUGCGCUUUUUUACCAGAAAUUCUGGGAUAUAGUAAAAGAGGAUUUAACUCUUAUGGUUAAUAAAUUCCUGUUUGAGGGGGUAAUGGCGAGUGGACUGAAUGAUACAAAUAUAUGUCUUAUCCCGAAGGUAACAAGGCCAAAUGCAAUGGCUCAGUUUAGGCCCAUUAGUCUGUGCAAUGUCAGCUACAAGAUAAUCUCUAAGGUCUUAUGCCAGAGGUUAAAAAAAGUACUACCAGGCUUGAUAUCGGAAACCCAGUCAGCCUUUGUUGCUGGGAGACAGAUUUCAGAUAAUGUUAUGAUCGCUCAGGAAAUGUUCCAUGCAUUGCGAACAAAGCCAAGUGGGCGGAAUAAAAGGAUGGCCAUCAAGACAGACAUGAGCAAAGCAUAUGAUAGGAUGGAGUGGUCCUUUAUUGAAGCUGUCCUGCGUAAGAUGGGAUUCUCAGAGACUUGGAUCAGCUGGGUCAUGCGAUGCAUUACAUCGGUGAAAUAUAAAGUUCUCAUGAAUGGAGAGCCAAGAGGGAAUAUUACUCCAGAAGUAAUGAAAGUAGUCAGAAGAUAUGGCAAAGCAUCUGGUCAAUGUAUCAACUUUGAUAAAUCGUCCUUACUCUUCGGUAAGCGGAUUAAUGCAACCACUAGACAAGAGAUCAAAGAUGCACUUGGGAUACAGAAUGAAGGUGGAAUGGGAACAUACUUGGGCAUCCCCGAAGACAUAAGCGGAUCUAAAUGCAAACUUUUUGCAUUCCUGAAAGAUAAGCUGAUGCAUAGAGUGAAUGGAUGGAUAGGUAGAUGGCUCUCAAAAGGUGGAAAGGAAGUGUUGAUUAAAUCCAUCCUGCUUGCUCUCCCGACAUACGUCAUGUCGACUUUCCUGCUCCCAUUGGAGAUAUGCGAAAAUUUAGCCAGUGCCAUCGGCCAAUUCUGGUGGAGCUCGAAUCCACCAAAGAGAGGUAUACACUGGGCAAAAUGGGAAAAAGUGUGUCUACCAAGAGAGGAGGGUGGAAUUGGCUUCCGAAUGAUUCAUGAGUUCAAUCUGGCGCUUCUGGCUAAACAACUAUGGAGACUAGUACAGUUCCCUGAUUCUCUUGUCGCUCGAGUUUUACGGGGAAGAUAUUAUAGAUUGAGUUCUCCCUUGAGAGCAAACGCUGUAACCAGCCCAUCCUAUGUGUGGACUAGCAUUUCUGGUGCAAGAAAAUUGCUAUUACUGGGCAUUAGACAGAAGAUUCAUUCAGGCUAUGAAGUUAAGGUAUGGGAGGAUCCAUGGAUCCCAUCGACCCCCGCGAGGCCAGCUGUCCCCAUAGCGCCUGUGAUGCAUCCUAAUAUGAGAGUAAGCGAUCUUAUUGAUCAGGGAGUAAAGGAAUGGGAUGUGGGACUAUUGGAGAAUUAUGUUCAUCCUGAGGAUAUACCAUUCAUAAGGAGCUUGGCAAUAAGUUCAACUCAUCGUCGUGAUACCUUCUGCUGGGACUUUACAAGAAAUGGCCAAUACACGGUCAAAUCUGGAUAUUGGGUGGCUCAGAAUUUAUUAAAGGUAGCGGAGGAAAAGGAUGUUUUAGAGCCAAUAACGAGGAACUUAGUUAGACGUAAUAUGAGGUGCGAUAAUUAUUGCCCAAGAUGUGGAGAAGUGGAGGAGACCGUUACACAUGCAAUUUUUGAAUGCCCACCAGCUCUUCAAGUGUGGUCUCUAUCAUCUACUCCGACAGGCCCAAAUAUUUUUCCGCUUUCGAGCGUCUACGCAAAUAUGGAUUAUCUAUUCUGGAGGAAGAAUAGUAUCAUUGGGCCAGAGCAAGAUAGGGACCCAUAUCCCUGGAUAAUAUGGUACAUUUGGAAAGGUAGGAAUGAAAAGCUCUUCAGGGGAAUAGAUAGAGAUCCAUUGGAUCUAGUUAGACAUGCAGAGAGUGAAUGUCACGCUUGGUUUGAUGCUAAUGAAGUGGUACAACUUGUGGCACACGAUAAUAUAAAUGAGGAACCCCAAGUCGUACGCUUGGGAAAUAUUUGCUUGUUAGAUGGAUCUUGGAAAUCUUCUGCUAACUUUAGUGGAAGCGGAUGGGCAUGGAUGGAUAGUUCAGGGAACACUCAACUUAUGGGAACAAGGAACCUUCCCCGACGCGAAUCAGCCUUACACUCGGAAGUAGAAGCACUGCGGUGGGCGAUGGAGAGUAUGCUACAAUAUUCGAACUGCCAAAGCUUUGGGACAGACUGUAAGAAACUAAUUGCAAUGGUUUUCCACAUUUCAGGCAAUACUAUAGAUGCGGAUCAGAAACUCACUCGUGACCUGGAAAAGUUAACCACUGACUUGUCUGGCCUUGUUACUGGAAUGGUAAAGCCAUCUGUUGACAUUCUCACGUAA